AUGGAAACAACCCCAAGUCCAGCAGAGCCAAGAAUAAGAGUGGGUCCUCAGCACCAGGCACAAUUGCCAGAUUAUCAACCAAUUCAAAAUUACCGUUCCGAAGAAGACGAAGCUAGAGAUCUCGAGGAUCCACGAUGGCGUCCAAAUGUAUUUCUUGAUAAUGACUUGUUGAUGUAUAUCACGGCCGCUCGAUCAAUAGCUGCAUUUCAAGGAAUGUGUGAAGAAGAUGGUUGUAUUGCUGCAAGUCGUGAUGAUACCACAAUAACUGCAUUUGACGUAUUACAUGAUUCUGAUUAUGAUCCAGGUAAAGCAUUAGAAGCAUUAUUAAAGUGUCCUGUAGCAAAAGGUAUUGAGAAAAAAUGGACGGAAGAGGAAACUAAACGAUUCAUAAAAGGCCUCCGUCACUUUGGAAAGAAUUUUUUUCGUAUUCAUAAAGACUUUUUACCACAUAAGCCAACUGCUGAAUUAGUAGAAUUCUACUAUUUGUGGAAAAAGACUCCUGGCGCAAAUAAUAAUCGUCCACAUCGACGUCGCCGUCAAAGCUCGUUAAGACGUAUCCGUAAUACACGAACAAAUAGUACAGCAAGUAAUACAAGCACGAAGAAGGAACAAACUCCCGAACCUCAGGCCCUUACAGAAGUUGCGUCCACGAGAACUUCUUCUGUAUCAAAGGCCGAAGAAAAUUCCUCAAUAAGUGAGGACGAAGCAAGUGAAUGUGAUAGUGAUUCAAGUAAUACAAAUAAAGGUUCAACAAUAGGUGAAGAAUCACCGUCCAGGAUGAGGACGCGAAACAAACAAACUACAAAAGAACAAAACGCCAGUAAAAGGCCAAAACGUGGUACUGAAACUCCAGAGGCUGCUCCUGUUGAAAGUCCACGAACGCCAAAUAGAAAUUCAUCUGGUGGUGAUAGUAAAAAGAAAUCAACGAACAAUAGUAAAGAGACACCGAGUAAGGGUAAAAAACGGGUUAACAAUGACUUGGAAAAUGAGACAGAGGAUAAAGAUGGAAUUAAAAGAAAACGCUCUGAUAGUCCAGCUGAAAGUCUCACAACCGACAGCAGGCCAGGAUCUGUUAUGGAUGAAGGUGAAUCAAACAGUGAGCCAGCUGAAAGUAUGAUAAUGAUGUCAAAAGAUGGUGAAGAGAAAGAUCCACUGUCAAUAGUAAUGCCAGAAACACCAUCGAAUGAUACACAAGCCGGAAAAGAGGAGCAAAAUGAACAUCAUCGCUCACCGUCGGAUGUAGCAACACCAGAAGAUGUCGCAGACAUUCCAGCCCAGUCAUCAAAAACUGCAACAAAUAGCAGCAAUAGUAAUAGUAGUAAUAGUAGUAGUAGUGAUGAAAAAGAGAAGAAAGUUACAGUUCCGACUUCAGUGGGUGGUGAUCAGCCGAAAAAUUCAGCAGUUAUUACGCCAACCACUCCAAAUGCUGUCACAAGUGAUACUAAAGAUAUAGUUCCAAAGGAGCAAGAAAUGCUUUCACGGCUGGCUAAUAUGAAACAGGAAAUUAUUCCAACCACGCCAACGUCACUUCAGCCAUCAGCUACUACAAAAGAGUCUCCAACAACAUUUUCAAUUAAGAAAGAACCAAAUGAAUAUGAAGUUCCACCAAGUCCGAAUGUUACUGAUUUGAAAGUAAAAGUAGAGAUAAAGAGUGAAGCAGCAAGUAAUAAUAGUAAUAAUAAAAAUGGAUCAAAUAAUGUAGCGAGUGAUAUAAGUAAUCAAAUGCCAAAUGAUCAAGAUAACAAUAAUAAUGCAGAAAAUUUAGUAUGUAAGCCAAAUGAAAAGUUAAUAACUGGUGCAGCAACACAACCAACACCAAAAAUGGAGGAGAGGCAAACAGCUGGAACUGAUUAUUCGAUGAAAACAUUUAUGGAACAACAACAACAGUCACAACAAUCUCAACAGCAAUCAUCAUCGAUACAUCCUCCACGUGAUGGCUUUAAGAUUGAACAAAAUGUAAAGAGUGAAUCUAAACCUCCACUCGAAGCACACAAACCAAUUUUACCAACAUUUGUACCAAACGAGAGAGAAGAUGGCAAGUUUCCACAUGAGCCACCUCCAGGAAUGCUUCGUCAUUCGUACGAGCCUCUAAUGAAAUUUGAUCCAAUGAUGAAAUAUGAGCUACCACAUCCUGGCAUAGAUCUUAAAUAUUUACCUCCGGAACAUGCUAGACUAUAUGCAGAUGGUGCACUUAAGAGUCAAUUUUCAGCAGAUAAUCUUAUAAAAGGUUCUUCUCAUUAUCCACCACCUCAUGACUUAAAAUACCCACCAAAUAUGUCAUCACAAUUACCACCAUCAUCACAGCCGACAUCUCAAACGAAUGAUGCACCAGCUCAUGACUCAUCGUCAAGAAUAACACCAAAUCAAGAUUCGCAGGGAAGUAAUAGUAAUUCUCAACCCUCUACACUUCCUUCACCAUCGACGCAAUCGCCUUUAACAUCACAGUCAUCAUCAUUAAAUUCAGCUCCACCACCUCCUACGUCAUUUGUGUCACAUCCUGGCUUAAGUAUAAGUAGUGGGCACUUACCAGCAAAUCAUCCGUCACUAUUAGGAAGUAUGCCACCAUCUCUAGGACCAUCAUCUUUACCACCUACAUCAAACUCAUCGCCUUUCUUACCCAUUCCAACAAGUUUGCAUAGGCCAGAUCCAAUUCAAUCGACGGGUGGAAGAUCAUUUUCAUCAGCAUCCACAACAACAACGUCAUCUUCUAAUUCUAUAUCAUCGGCCAAUAGUGCAUUUGGUCCAGGAAAUUCAUUGUAUUCAGCUUCAAGAAUGUCUGAAAAUAGUCGUGAUGGACUGCAUGCACCACAUAGAACGUCGCCACUUGGGCCUCUUUUACACGGAAGUCCUCAUCCGUUAUUAUCACAUCCAUUACCAUUACAUUUAGGACAUCCAGGUUUGGCUGGAUUACAGCCUCAUCCAGGUGCACAUUUACCGCCACACUUACACAAUCAUUUAAUGCAACCUUUAGGAGGUGGUGGAAAUACACCAUUGCCACUUAUAGGUGGACCCCAACCUUCAACAAAUCCAUUGACUAGUUUAAUUGAGGCUGCAGGCAGAAGAACUCCAACAUCUUCAUCAGUUCCUUCAUCAAUUAAUCACAUUGCGCCCACGUCACUACACAAUUCCGUAAUUCAAUCUCCCUCAGCUCCAUCGAGUCUAAAUUCAUCAUCGUCGUUAAGUCGAACGUCACCUCUUGUGCAUCCGUCAGCAGGUGGUGGAGCUUUUACUCACACACAUCGACCUCAAUCACCAAGUUCUAAUCACCCGGCUAAUCUAAGUCGAAAUAGUCCUUUACAUUUGGGAGGUAAUCAACAAGGUCUUGGCCCAUCACCAGCACAAAUGAAUGCAGCAGCUGCAGAAAGAGAGCGACAUCUUAUGAGACAACAAUCACCUCAUAUGACUCCACCACCACCAACUUCAUCAUCAGGAUCUCUCGUACCAAGUCCAUUAAGUAAAAUGCCUGGUGCGAGCCCACCAGUUGUACGUCAUCCGACAAUGCCAUUACCAAUUCCAUUAGGCAUCGGACCAUCAUCUGGUCUACAAAGCCAAGUAAUGCAUCCAUCUCAAAAUCCAUACUCACAUCAUCUCCUGCAUCCCUCAAUGUUUUAUCCUCAUAAUCCAUUCAAUUCGCCUUAUCCCUAUUCACCUUACGGACCAUCACCUGGAUAUCCUUACAUGAAAGGAGCAGGACCUCUCGAUGCAGGCCCACAACUAAUGCCACAUCAUCCAACCAGUAUUCCACCACCAAGAAAUGAUGAGCCACCAUCGCCGCAUGCAAACGGUCCAAAGUCUGUGACAUCAUUACAUGAUAAAAUCAAAUCGCCAGCACCAUCAAAACCACCUCAUAAUAAUAAUAAUUCUAGUAAUAAUAAUAGUAGUUCGUCAAACAAUCCACAAACACCACAAGGUCCUCAUCAUCAAGGUCCUUCACCUUACUCCUCGCCGUAUGCUCAAUCGCAUGCAUUUAUGGAGAAUACUCUCCCACCUGGCAAAACGAGUCAUAUAGAAGCAUUGAGAGCUCAUGCUGUUAGUGCAGCAGGAAUGGGAAGUCAUCAUCCAACGGAACCAGUUCACAUAGAUGCCGUUGAUAUUGAGCCUGAUCCUGAGCCUCCAAGUCCCGUUCAUCAAAUUGAUCGAGGUCCGAGUCCCGAAGCCAAACCAGAUGAUACAGAAUGUCAUCGAUCACAAUCAGCAAUAUUCGUUCGACGAUGUGAUCGUGGUGAUUAUAAUUCAUGUACAAGAACAGAUUUGGAGUUUAAGCCGACACCCGAUUCAAAACUGGCGAGAAAGCGUGAAGAGCGUGAUAGGAAAUUAGCUGAGAAGGAAAGAGAGAGAAAAGCUCAACAACAAGCAGCACAACAGCAACAGCAACAACAAGCGCAACAAGCAGCAGCGGCAGCUGCAGCACAAGCCAAACUUAAAAACGAAAUUAAAUCUCCAUAUCCAGAUACGCCUGCAUUACGUCAACUAAGUGAUUUCGCAAGACCGCAUGUUGGAUUCAGUCCUGUGGAACAUAUGAUUUCACCUUAUCAUCCACUUUAUAAUCGUGAGAGGGAAUUCGAAGAACUUAAAAAUGCUCAGGGAAUGGGACCGAGUCAAACGCAUCCUAACUGGAUGGAAUUUUACAGAAGAGGUAUACAUCCGCCUUAUCCCAUUUAUCCGGGAAUACAGCAACUUGAGCGUGAACGAUUAGGUCUACCACCAGGACCACCUCAUGGAAUGGAAUUGUCAAAUGAACAAAUGUUACGUUUGGCUGGUGAAUAUCAUGCUCACUCACAUACCCAUUUACACCUACAUUCUUCACAGCAGCCGGAAGCAGUCCAAGGAUUUCAACUACCACCGAAUGUCCCUCCCUAUCGACCGAAUUUACUGAUGCCGAGAGAUCCACAUUCGGAUGUUUUACUUCGUAUGAGCUAUGCUGAUCAGCUUCAAAUAAGUAAUGCAAACAAUUACUUUCAGGCUGCUGAAUUCCAAAGACAAUCCGCUGCAUUUGAUAGAGCUCACUCUAUACAUGAACAAUAUUUUAGACAACAACAAGAGCGAGAAAAGUUGAGAGCAAUGGAAGAAGCAGCAGCACGCGUUGGCAAGCAUUAA